GGGGGGAGGGCGAAGGGGGUUGGCGAGCGGCGCUGUGGGAGGGCUGUCCGGAGGGCUAGCGGCGGAGCCGAGCCGAGCGGAACCGAGCCUGGGCACGGACUCGCACGGACAGGACAGGACGGGACGGGACAGGACAGGACGGGAAGAGGGGCUGCCUCUCUCCACGCCCGGCUCGGUGGGUAGCCCACGACUACGCGCGUUGGGGACGGAGAGCCAUUCUGCCCCGAGGGGAUGACACUUUGGUCCAUAGAGGGAAAGCAGCUAGGGAAGUGAAUAGCAGGGCUGGGCUCUAAGCCCGGGCCUCUAACUCUGACUCUCAGACUCUUCCCACGGCACCAUCUUGUCUCCAGCUGUACAUACAGUGAAGGUGUCUCCGUGUACCCUAAGACAGUGAAACAAAAUGCCCUUUAAUGAUGAGAAGCGCUCGGUGAGUGAUGACCCCACGAGUGACUCGGACUCUUCGAGGAUAUCAGAGAGUGCGGCUUCCCUCAGUGACUACGAGUGUUCCCGGCAGAGUUUCACGAGCGACUCCUCAAGCAAAUCCAGCUCUCCAGCCUCGACAAGCCCGCCCAGAGUGGUGACGUUUGAUGAAGUGAUGGCUGCCGCGAGGAAUAUCUCCAACAUGACGCUUGCUCACGAGAUCGCCGUAAACGAGAACUUCCAUGUCAGACAGGGAGCGCUGCCUGAGAACAGCCUGGCUGGUCAAGUGAAACAUAUCGUUCACCAGGCUUUCUGGGACCACCUGGAGGCAGAACUCAAUGAAGAUCCUCCCGAGUACGAGCAUGCCAUCAAACUUUUUGAAGAAAUAAGAGAGACUCUUCUGUCUUUUCUGACUCCUGGUGGAAACCGACUCCGGACCCAGAUCGGUGAAGUUCUGGAUUCCGACCUUAUCAGGCAGCAAGCUGAGCACAAUGCCGUGGACAUCCAGGGACUGGCCAGUUACGUCAUCAGUACCAUGGGCAAGCUGUGUGCUCCUGUCCGGGAUGAUGACAUCAAGGAACUCAAAGCCACUGGCAAUAUCGUGGAGCUCUUGAGACAAAUAUUCCACGUGCUGGACCUCAUGAAGAUUGACAUGGUCAAUUUCACCAUCAAGAGCCUUCGACCCCAUCUUCAGCGCCAGCUGGUAGACUACGAAAGGACGAAAUUCCAGGAAAUCUUAGAAGAAACGCCCAGUGCCCUGGAUGUCACGAAGGAGUGGAUAAAGGAAUCUGUCAAUGAAGAAUUGUUUUCUCUUUCGGAAAACGCCUCCUCUCCUGUGGCUGGGGGUAGCCCCAGACCCAGCCUGAGCCCAACCACAGUGCUGAACAACAGUUACUUGAAGCUGCUGCAUUGGGAUUAUCGGAAGAAGGAAUUGCCUGAGACACUAAUGACAGAUGGAACCCGUCUUCAGGAACUGACAGAAAGGCUAAAUCAAUUGAAGGUUCUCGCCUGCCUGUCACUAAUCACCAGCAAUAUGGUGGGCACUCUGAUAGAAGGCUCGCCUGAGCUCUCAGACCGACUGAAAAGGAUUUCCACCGUCUUACUUGAAGGAAUGAACAAGGAGACUUUCAACCUCCAGGAGGCCUUGAAUUCCAUAGGCCUCCAGACCUGCAUAGAAGUCAACAAGUCCCUGGCAGAGAGAGACUUAUCCACACUAAGUCCUGAGAUUCAGGCCAAUCUCAUGGGUCAGCUCUCCAGCAUCGCCGAGGGCAACCCUAUCUGCUCCCUGAUUGAUAAACGAAUUCAUCUGUAUAUGAAGAGUGUCCUCAGUCUUCCAAGCGAUCAGAAAUGCAUGCCCCCCAUUCCCGGGGGCCUCACUGUUAUCCAGCCCGAGCUGGAGACUCUGGGCUCUCAGUACGCAAACAUUGUGAACCUUAAUAAACAAGUGUAUGGACCCUUUUAUGCAAAUAUUCUCCGAAAAUUCCUCUUUGUAGAGGAAGGAGGCAGAACAGCGGAAACUGACUCUCCCAGCAACUAGUAGUGAGCUGGCAUUGGAAAGAGGACUGUCCGAGUGGGAACAUCGGUGCCCGGUUCUUUCCCUAAAUACACAUGACAAGGACUGUGGCAUAUUCCCUGUACCCCCGUCUGUCUUUCAGGGUUACCUGGGUAGCUCCUUUCAUGCUAGUUACAGGGCACAUACCUGUCGCACACCUUGCCCCACACAUUCUGUCCCUCUUUGAAAACUUAUUGGAAGGAAACCAUGGUGGUUUUUAUUUUUGUUAUUUUUUAAAGAGAGACUUCUGAAGAACAGGAAACAAUUUAUAAUGGAUUAUGUCACCUGUAUGUGAUGUUUCUGUUAAGGUUUCCUCGAUCCCGUGAUCCUAAUAGCAUUAAUAUUGGUCUUAACUACCCAGAUUCCUAGACCAGGUGUUACUGCUCCUAACUUGUCCCAUAAUUCUUAUUUUGGCACAACUUUUGAGAGGGUUAAGGGUCAGGGAGUGGUGAGGACAGUCACUAAAGGGAUGCCGAAAUCCCUCUCGUUAAAUGUACUGGCAAAAUAAAGCAAGUAAACACAAUUGUAGCUGAAACAUACAAUUCGGUUUUAUCAUUGCCAGGUAAGAGGAGCUUCCAUAGGCUUUCCCUCUUCCCUGGGAUCUGAGCCCUUUCCUGGAAGGGUUUACCUGACAAAUACCAAAUUGCUUGUUAUGUUACCAGCUGUCAGUAUUUGUACCCUAUUUGAAAUCUUUGAAAGCCAUGUUGUUUUGAUGUCCUCAGAAAAACCACUAGGGUGUAGCUUAUUAGAAACCAAUCACUUCUAAGAAAUUUUAUGCUGGAGUUGCAUCUUCUUUACGGGCAACCAGAGGAAAAAUCUACAAGGAGAUGACCUUCUCCAGGGUUUGAGCUUUGGCCAAGAGGCUCCUUGUAGAUCUCAGCCAAUCAGAUGGAAAAAGUGGAAGACAUGUUGCCUUGGAUUACAGGAAAUUAGGUUUCUUGGGAGAGAAAAAGAAAGAGGAAAAGGAUUGUAUAAUCCCAGGUGAUGAUCUGGGAUGGUGCCAAGCAGCAAACCUUGGUUUGUUUGUUUUUUUUUUUAAGUGAAUUUUACAUCUGAAAAGAAAAAAAAAUGUACUUGAGCUUCUGUAUCACUUAACCUUGAUGUCUACUAAUCUACUUUGUGCCUCUUUUAUUUGUAUUGUUAAGUUUUCAGAAUACUUUGAGAAGCUGGGCCCUCAUGGACCUUUGGUUUUUAAAGACAACUGCAUGUUACAGAAUUCUAUAUUGGUCUUUUUCAGAAUACUUUGAGAAGCUGGGCCCUCAUGGACCUUUGGUUUUUAAAGACAACUGCAUGUUACAGAAUUCUAUAUUGGUCUUUUUCAGAAUACUUUGAGAAGCUGGGCCCUCAUGGACCUUUGGUUUUUAAAGACAACUGCAUGUUACAGAAUUCUAUAUUGGUCUUCACCGAGAACCAAGGAAUGCACCAGCAUUAGGAUGGGCCUCCUGGGGGAAUUGAUCCUCUUGAGUGAAACCAUUUCUUAAUGGGUGAUUUUCUUGGGCUCCAUUGGGCACAGUUAACAUGAUUGAAUACUUAAUUUUUUGUACUUGGGGGUUGUUUGUGUGUGAGAAGGGAGGUCUUCUUUAAUUAUUAUGUUAUUUCCCUCCUUCUCAAGUCUCUAUCCUCUCCACCACCACCAAUGCUCCCCCCUUCCCCCAAAACACCCUCGUCUAUUUGGGGAUAUGACUCCUUUAUGAUUUUGAAAGUUAAAGAAAAUGGCAGGGUAAAUGAGGUAUUUCUGAUCUUUCUAUGCCCAAAUCUGAGCAUAUUCACUUAUUUUCUCCUUGAAUGACCAAUUAAAAAUAUCCACCAUGUACAUGUGGACAGUUGUCCGAAUGGAACUCUAUUCAUGGGCACAGUGAGGUACUGUGCCACCCCUCUCUCCCAAGCACAGCUUCCCUUCAGUAAGGUGCUGAAUAGAAGUUGGUGUUUCUCGAAUUUUCUGUCCUGUCCCUUGUCCCCACAUUAAGGGCUCAGAGGGGACGGCUCCAGUAAGUCACAUUUUAUCUCUUCCAGUAAGUAACCAUCCUGUUUAAAACAGGGAGAUAAAAGCAGAGCAUGUUUUCACCAUAAAGUUUGAAUCCAGUUGUGAUUCUUUUAUGUACUUAAUUUAUAUCACAAGAAAAAAACAAUGUACACUUUUUUUAAAAUUACACAUUUUUUUUUAAAAGAAGGGCAUUUUAUUUUUUAAAAGUGGCAAAAUGAAUUUGUGUCUGGAUUUAGGCAACUUGCAAUGACAGAGGCAUCUCCGUCCCCAUCUUCCUGGAUGCUGUUCAUCCUAAGGUUGCUUAAAUGUUGGCUUCCAUUUUAGACUUUCUUAACAUGGUCAUGUUUUGCUAUGCAAGAUUUAUUAAAUGUAAAACUAAUAUUUUAAUGUAUUGCGUAAAUUCUGUUUUUGAAAAUUUUGGCAAGAACCUGUUCCAUGCAAGCUGGCAAUGUUUAUUUUUUUUCAGUUAAAUAUUAAAGCAUUGACUUAAAAAAUGA